CUCAGUUCUCCUUCGAUCACCGUCACGUAACUCACCUUCAACUUCGUCGUUCCUCUACCCCCUUAUGAAACCCAUUUUUCCUCGUUUCAUUCUUGCCGUCGCCAUGGUUAGCUUUGAAGCUUGUCUUUCUCUUGUGGGGUAGCUCGACGUUUGGUCAUUCUUGUGUGUAGCAGCUUAAAGUUCCACACCAUCUUCUUCGACGCUCUGAAAAGUGAAAUCAUCAAGUGCUGCCACUGAUUUAUUGCUCAAUGUUUUUGGACUCCAACAAAUUUCCACCAAGAACCCUUAAAAAUCUGCUCAGAUCAUCUGAAAAAUCAAUAUUCUCCUUUAUAUAUAGGACUCCAAAACAUCCUUUCUUGCACAUCCAGGUAUGCAAUUAUGUGGAUGUGUACAUGAAAUGGAAGAAAGACUCAUACUAUGACUCAAUUGAGCACAUCCACCAGUCCAUUCCACUAAAACCUGUCAUAGCCCUCAAAAACUGUAUUGCCCAGGACCCAAAUGGUUGUCUUCCAAUCUCUGCAGUUUCUAAGAGGGGAUUAGAGUUAGGUGUGCCCAUGAAGGUUGCAAGAUUUAUGCGGAAAUAUCCUUCCAUUUUUGAGGAGUUUACAGGUCCUGAAUACAAUCUUCCUUGGUUCAGGUUGACUUCGGAAGCUGCCCUGAUUCACAGAGAAGAGGAAACAGUUUAUGAAGAGUUCAAGGAGGACUUAAGAGCUAGGUUAAAGAAGAUGAUAAUGAUGAGCAGAGACAAUGUUCUGCCGUUAAAAAUAAUCAAAGGGAUGCAAUGGUAUCUAGGAUUGCCUGAUGAUUUCUUGCAGUAUCCAGAGCGGAAUCUUGAUGCAUCAUUCAAGUUUGUAGACAUGGCUGAGGGAUUGACGGGAUUGGCAGUAGAAAGUGAAGAAAAAGUUUGGUCCACAGUGCAGCUGAAUGCCAUGAAGAGAGGCUGUUAUUUUGGUGACUCAAUGGAGGCCAUCGAGUUUCCACUUUUUCCAUCAAAAGGUUUAAGGCUGAGGAAGAAGAUUGAGAAUUGGCUUAAUGAAUUUCAAAAGCUUCCUUAUGUUUCACCUUAUGAGAAAUUCUCAAAUUUGGAUCCGGACAGUGACAUAGCAGAGAAGCGACUUGUUGGGCUUCUUCAUGAACUGUUUUCCCUUUUUGUUGAACACUCUGCUGAGAGGAAGACGCUCUUCUGCCUUAAGAAACAUCUGGGGCUGCCACAGAAAGUGCACAAGGCGUUUGAACGGCAUCCCCAUAUAUUUUAUCUGUCUCUUAGGAACAAAACUUGUACAGCGAUUCUUAAGGAAGCUUACAGGAAUAGAUCAGCUAUAGGUGAGCAUCCUCUACUGAGCGUGAGGAAAAAGUACAUCAAGUUGAUGAAAGAGUCAGAGGUGAUUUUAAGGAACAGGAGAGUGAAUAAUAGGUUUUCAAAUGGGAACUCUCCGAAACUGGACUUAGAUUUGGAUUUUGUGGAUGAGCAAGGCUGUGAGAUGGCCGAGUGUUCUUAAGUAGAAGUUGAACUGCCCAACCAGCUUUGCAGUUUCUUGUUUAAUGGUCACACAACCGGUUGUAUCCUAGCCUUGAGGUAUUUUCACAACACUUGUAGCUAGACCUCUUAAUGAGUUAAUGAAAAUUAUAACCAAUCCUAUGAUUAGUUUUGGUAAA